CCAAUGUCUUGGUUUUUUUGUUGUUACUUGUAGCUAUAUUAUACUUUUAAAAAAAUCUCUUCUGCGAUAAAUAUGCAUGUAGUUGUGCGUUAUGGGUAAACUGUUUAGUAAAUCAAAGCACAAACGAGAAAAGAGUGAUCAGUACAGUUCAAGAUCAGCACAGCCAGAACAGGAUAUUUUGACGGGCAUGGCAAAGAACCCAGUCCAUCAGGAUGCUGUUGUUAGCUUAGCUCCAGUUCAGCCAGGCUUGUGUCUGUCUGGCAGUAAAGACAAGACUGUAGUUCUAUAUGAUUACCAUAAUUCACGUAUAGAAGACAGAUGGAGCGGUCAUGAAAGAGAAAUCACAAAGGUGAAGUUUGGUGCUGCUUGCAAUGGCAUAUUCAGUGCUUCCAGAGACAAAUCAGUCAAAAUGUGGCAUCGUGGGAAUGCUCAUCCUGUGCGAGACUUUCUAGGACAUGAUUUGGUUGUCACGGCAAUAGAUCUCAAUGGUGACAACACCAGGCUAUGUACUGGGUCCAGAGAUAAUACAGUCAGACUGUUUGAUAUUGAAAGUGGAUCUUGUCUUCUAGAAAAUAAUAUACCCCAGAAUCUUAUAACUGAUAUCAAAUGGAUUCCAAAUUCAGAUCUGGCUAUACAGGUUGGAGAAGACAAAGAUGUAAGAUUGUUUGACAUGAGGAAUUUGAACGUGGUGCACACGUUCACCAAGAAGCAAUACAUCCAGAUGUGCUGUGACAUCAGCAGUGAUGGAAACUUCUGUUUAACAUGUAGCAAUGGUUUUGGAGGAAAUGGCUGUGAGGCAACGUUGUGGGAUUUGCGUUCAAGAAGACUUUUGCAUGAGUUCAAAGGCCACACCGAGGCUAUAGAAUCCUGUCUGUUUUUACCAAAUUCUGAUGAACCACUGGUUGCCACAGCAUCUCGGGACUGCAGUGUUAAAGUGUGGAACAGAGAUACCAAGGCCCUGAUUACAGAUCUGGUUUUAAGUGGUGCUGGACCUUUGACCUCCCUCCUGGCCUAUGAAGAUAGCAGUAUACUUGUGGGAUCAUUCAAUCUUGGUGUUAUUGUGCUGGAUUUGAAGAAUGGCAAGCUAAAACAAACGAAUCAGUUCUGAUCUGCAGCUGAAGAAUGAAAUCUAUACCAACAUGAAUUAGUCAAGUGUGUUCACCGAUAAUCUCAUGCAAAACAAAACUGAUGAUCCAGUAUUGAUUUUCACUUGAAGCCCGUGCUUAUAAAAUGUUUAAUUCAGACUGAAUCUUGAAUGAUGUCACUUGCAUGUAAUUUGUAUGGCGUUGCCAUGACUUUAAAGUCUCAGACUCUGUUAGAGUCUUAAGUCUAAGACUCUAAACAUUUUAUAAGCACCAGGCCAGUAGUCAGUCAUUUAUUUUAAUUUCUUGUUAGAUAGAUGCCAGUUUGCUGAUUUUAACACAUAUUAUAAGUGAGGAUGUCAGGCUGUGCUUUCAAAGGUCAUAUGUUAACUAGGCAUUGUUUUAUUUGAAUUAUAAUGGAUAGCGCAGGCAUUGGUUUUGUUUGUAAUCCUGGUAAUACUUUAUUUAAAAUGUGAAUUGUCCGGCAGGUUGCACAUAACCAACAAUUACUCCAUGCAGUUCAAUGCAAUUUCUAUGUCAGAAUAUAUUCUGUGAAAAAUACAAUACUAUUGAGAGGGCACUGUGACAACUAGUUUUAGGGAAAGAAGGAAAUGUUUUAUUUAGUGACACAUUCAACACAUUUUAUUAUAUAUAUUAUUAUUAUAUGGUGUCAGACAUAUGGUUAUGGACCAC